CGGGMGUCUGUGCCAAUAGGCUCGCUCAGAAGGCAGGGCCAGCGAUUGGAGUUGGGAGAGGAACCCAAUCUGUGCGACAGUAAGUGCACAGUCAACUAAAGCAUAAAGAUUACAAACAAUUUAUUGAAAUCGUUCUUUACUGCUCCGUCUUGUUUUUUUGUUUUAUUUUAUCAUAAGCGGAUUGACUCGUACAAGUAUUUGCAUCAAGAAGACCACUUGCCCGCAUCGCAUCAUCGCUCCGUCCAAUGUUCAUGAAGACAUUCUGAAAUUACAUGUUCUUCCAUAUUUCUCUGGGAUUGGAUUACACAAAAGGCGGCACGGACUCACAUAAUUAUUCACUCUUCUCAUUGCAACAGGGAGCCCCAGACCMCGGAGAUGAAUAAGCUGCGUCAGAGCCUGCGCAGGAAGAAGCCCACCUACGUGCCGGAGGCCAGUAGACCCCACCAGUGGCAGGCAGACGAGGAGGCCGUACGCAAGGGCAAAUGCAACUUCCCUGUCAGGUACCUGGGUCUGGUGGAGGUGGAGGAAUCCAGAGGGAUGCAUGUGUGUGAGGAGGCUGUCAAAAAGCUCAAAAUUGACCUCAUCGUAGACCAGACCAUUGAGAAGGUGUCCUUCUGCGCGCCCGACCGCAAUUAUGACAAGGCUUUCUCCUACAUCUGCCGUGACGGCACCACACGCCGCUGGAUCUGCCACUGCUUCAUGGCCCUGAAGGACUCGGGCGAGCGUAUGAGCCACGCUGUGGGCUGUGCCUUCGCCGCCUGUCUGGAGAGGAAGCAGCGGCGCGAGAAAGAGUGCGGCGUCACAGCCUCGUUCGACGCCAGCCGCACCUCCUUCGUGCGCGAGGGCUCGUUCCGCAUGACGUCGUCCAGCCAGCAGGGGGGCGAGCGCGAUGACAUCACGAAGCAGCUGCAGGACAAGCAGAAAGAGCCUCCGUGUACCAUCCCAGCCAUCCCCCCUGGCACCUCCUCACCCCCUGAGGGCGCGGCCUCGCCUGUGGGGCAGGGGGUGGAGCACGCCAUCCCGCGGCGCCACGCGCCCAUUGAGCAACUGGUGCGUCAGGGCUCCUUCCGKGGCUUCCCGGCCCUCAGCGGGAAGAACUCCCCGUUCAAGAGGCAGCUCUCGCUGCGCCUCAACGACCUGCCUUCCAACCUGCAGCGCAAGACCGCCGACUUCCAAAGCAAGAACCCAGUCCCAGAGAUGGAUCUGUCCGUGUGUGGCGAGGCAGACAGCAGCAUCAACGCUCUGUGCAGCCAGAUCAACCAUUCCUUCACCAGGCCUUCUGAGGAACUCUUCUCCAACCCCACCCCCAACGGCCUGCCAGCCUGCACUGUGCCCCCAGCCAUCCCCCCUCCCCCCGCCCCCCUGCAAGCCACGUCCUCCUGGGUGCAGGCGGAGCCCCCGGUCCAGUCCCCUCCACCGGUGGUCCACAGUGGGCACAGGAGGACGCCCUCCGAGGCUGAGCGCUGGCUGGAGGAGGUGGCCCAGGCCGUCAAGGCCCAGCAACAGACCCCCAACCUGCCCCCGCCACCCAUCCAGCCCACCCCUGCCAUUCCAGGGCCACCCAUGUCAAGCGCACCUAUGUCAUGUGUGCCCCUAAUGGGGGCAUCCAUGCCAGGGGUACCUGGCUCCCUGCCCACUUCCAUGCAGCCCUUUCCCUUGGCGUUUGAUGUCACUCCCGCACCUGUGGGCAUGUAUACCCAGCCACCCCUGCAGCCAGCGUUUGUACCCAUGCAGGCCUACAUGCCCGCCCUGGCCAACAGCAUGACGUACUCCAACGCCAGUGUGCCUGUGGUGGGCAUCACGCCUUCCCAGAUGGUGGCUAAUGUUUUCUGCACGGCAGGCGGCUCUACCGGCGGGCCUUCCAUGGGCAUGGGMUCAGGGCCUAAAAUGGGCACGCUCAGCGGUGGGCAUCRCCACUCUUUCUCCGGCCAGCCGGGCGGGUUCCCUAUGCCACCCUUCGGAGCUCAUCCCACCGUCAACGGCCUCCCCCACAACAUUCCCACCUCCUCCCUCGCCACCAUCACGCAGAACGGCACUAGCAGCAACGGUGGCAGUAGCAGCAGCUGGCCACCGGAGAGCGCACAGCUGGCCAACCCGCCCCCAGCCAAUGCCCAGGAGGUUGAUCGCUUCGAGGCAAAGUGGGCUGCGCUGGAGACCAAAUCGCAACCCAAGGCGGCGCCCAACCCUUUCUCCAAUGACUUGCAAAAGACCUUUGAGAUCGAGCUUAAACUCGGUAUUAACCCAGGUCAGGCCACUGCAUAGACUAUGAUGAUGCAGACCCCCAACCAGACUGAACUACUCCACUCCCCCACAGCCCCCUGCCCUAAAUGCUUUCGCUACCCCCCUCUUAAUUUUCUCCUCCUCUGUUGAGACUCCAGGAUGUAAAUUGGGUCUGAAUGCAGGGGGGACAUGAUGACUGUGUAUGGGGCUCCUCGCGAUGCAUUCCAUGGGAUUUCUAGCAAUCAUGUUCUGCGUGGGGAUCUGUGGAAGACCCAGAGAAYAUGGACACAUCACAGGACACAGAGAUUACGUUGAUGUUACCCAAGCACAGCAAAGGCCCUGGUUGACUAGCCAAUGACAYGACUCGGCGGUAGAGACCCCAAAGGAGGCGUCGACCAAUAAGAGUGACAGUUUGACGGCCAAAAUAGUUUUAUUUAUUAUUUUUACUUAGAUUUGAACCGUUAUAGUUUUACUUAUUUUUUUCUUCAUCAGUGUUCAAAGGUUGUUUCUCCCUGUAUUUAUUUUGUGUGGAACUGGAAAGAGGAGGGAAAUAACUAGCAACUGUAACUGGCAGCGGAGGGAGCAAAGAGAGGGAGUGAGUCAUGAAACCAGAGGCUGGAAACGAGUGUAAAUAGCAUGCUUUUUUCACCCUCUAUUUAUUACCAAUCCACGUAUAACUGUCCAAUUUGCUUUUCAACCCAAAUGAGUCACUGUUAGCUAAAUCACCAUGGUGACCUAACACCUCUCUGUCCCAGUGCCACUCCACCUGCACGGCAGACACACUAGAACCCUAGAACAUUCUGGAAAGAGUUCAAAUGGUCCAAAUAGUAUGGCACAUUCCAACGUGGUUGGUUGACUCGCGUUAUAAUCUGAAACAGGGUAGUAGUCACCCCCAGUACGAGUUUAGUCAGUCAACACUACGAGGGUCUAUUUGGGAAUGUUGAGCCUGAUGUUCAAGAGAGGAGGGAGGCAAGGAGCUUGAGCACUUCGUAAGAUAAAGAUGGUGAGUUUGGGGCGAGGUCGGCAUAGCUUUAUUUGAGAGGAAGUUAUGAUGUUGUUUUGUCGCUGGGUUUGAAAUAGCACCCUAUUCCUACAUAGGGCCUUGGUCAAAAGUAGUGCCUCCCACUGUGCACAGCCGUCAAUUCAACGAUGGUUCAACUUAAUUUAAUUGAAAUGACGUGGAUACAACGUUGAUUCAACCAGUGUGUGCCCAGUGGGCUUGGUCAAGCUGCACUUCUGACAUAGUGGGACUACAGUCAGUUUGUAGAGGCUUCUGGAUCUGAGGCCAUUGUGACAGGAAGACGUUAUGGCACCUGCUGUGUGUGCUGAGUACCAGGCUGAGUAAAGAUGCCUAGAGGAAGUGAUGAGUCAUUUACCACUUUAAACAGACAGAGGAAGGCAUCCAUCUUUGUAGAGGGAAAACAAAGACAUGAAAGCGAUACGGAUAGUCGGGGGAGAGGGAAAGAAAACGGGAAGGUGAAAGGUAGACGGAGAGAUCGAGGGCAUACUUACGAGAAUGAGAUGAGGAAGUGGACUAUUGAAGGGCUAUGAUGAACUGAGAAAAGAUGAAAGAAGAAAAACGUUAAGUUAAACAGACUGGUUGUUUCAUUCCUUUAAACUCCUUUCACUACUCCCAAACAAAGGUACUUCUGUUAGAAUGAUACUCACCAUGCAUUUAGAGCUCCAUAGAAACAAUACUUUACUGUUUGAUUAUAUUCUCAAAAGAGGCAAGCAUUUCCUUCCGUGACUUUAGUUUAAACACACAAAGACAAUAAAUGUGCAGUAUACUUUAGCUACAAUCCCAUAUCGGAAUUUUAACCCAUUUGGCAGGACUUCCAUUGGCAGGUCAAGACGGGGCAAACGCAUGUGCUUAGAUGAGAUGGUUUAUGCUAUUUGCCAUUAUAMUGCUUUAUGUAYGAUCYUGCCCCARACAACAKGAGUGUCUGGGAGUGAGACRGAGUGGGACCCAGGGGACCAGUGUUAUUGAAUGGACAUCACAACUAGACAAACAGGCUCCAUCCAGCCCGCUCUCCUGGUCAUUAACUCCUUAGGACUCGGCCAAUCAGGCUUUGCCAUUUUCAUGUGGUACAAUACUGACUGACAUCCAUUUGCUUUCCCAAAGAUAUAAAGCAGUAGUGAGGAGCCAUGCUUUUGCUUGUUUAGACAAAUAGAUUUUCUAGAUUAAUUCUCUCCCCGUCUUUUAAGAGAAAAGACAUAGUCAUUCAUGAAAUUGCUGUUUUUAUUUAGUUAAAUUACCCUUGUUUGCACGCCCUUUAAAUUAAAAUGUAGGUUAAUUAUGUUCAAAAUAAGAACUAAAUUACCUCUUAAACUUGAUUGUAAACCACAGUGUAGUGAUAACAAACUAGUGGAGUUUAUUUUUAUUCUUUAUUUACUGAAUUUUGUAUUUAAACCUACAUAUUUGUAUUGUAAUUACAUUGUACAAAGAUAAAUAAAUAAUAUAAUAUUAAACUUG